AUGCAAGCAUCAAGAAAGAAAGACCGCUGGACAAUUUCCCAGUUGGAGAAGUUAGUGGACAUUUGGGCAAAUCACUAUCAGGAGCUGAAAGAUGCGCGUGGGUCCGAAGAGGUUUACCAAACAAUGGUGAAGGAAUUGGCACAAGCUGGGUGCAUGGCAUCUGUAAAGAGCAUACGAGGUCGUAUACAUAAUCUUUCUGGAAAAUAUAGGAAAGAAUAUAUGCUCACAUGCUGUUCUGGCAAAGCAUCACAGUGGAGCUUGUUUAAUAAGAUAGCAUCAUUUUUCGAAUACACUCCUCCAGUACGCUAUCAGAGUUUAGGUCAACCGAUGUUUGAUAUGCCUCCGUAUUUGAGGAUGGAUAUUACCAUGGCGCAGUCUCUGGAGAGUCGCGGAAUCUUGGGACAGGCCACACAUCAAUCCACAGAAUUUCCUGUUGCACAUCACAUAGAUGAAAACACUAUGGAUUUGGAUGAAGGCGAUGAGAAUUCAAAUUAUGACAAUCAUAACGGCGCAGAACAGCUGGAUCAAGAUCAUUCACAAUUGGAAUCUCGUGAGGAAGCAAAUUCUGUCGCAAAUCUGCCACACAACGGAGAUCCUUACUCAGGAGAGUACGACGAAGAACAUCCACAAGAGAGGCUAGGUGAUGUUGAAGCGUUGGUGGAAGGAGUUCAAUCCGAUGGAGAAGCUGGACUAGAUGUGGAAGAAUGCCAUGCAAUAUUUGUUUUUAGAUCGCACCUCUAUACGGAUGUCAUACUAAUUGCUUCAUAUAAUGGAGAAACGUAUUCUUUACCGGCACAUCGAAUUGUUUUGUCACAUUUUAGUAAGGUGUUUUCCGGCUACAUUGAACAUAUACUGAAAGAGGUAACUCCCAAGACAACUGCUACUCCAUUAGCGAUAGUUAUGCAGUCCGAAAUUCCGAAAAAGGUUAUAAAGUCGCUGCUGGAGUUCAUGUACACUGGUCGCACAAAGAUACCUGAAGGGCUUGUACAAGAUUUUAUACGUAUUGGCUCUGAUUGGAAAAUAAAAGGCCUUGAAGAUGUGGCCAUGGCAACUGGUACAAACGUUACGAAUGUCAUAGAAAAUCUAAAAGAUGGAUUAGGCAAGAGGGUAUCAUUUGAAACCAAUGCUACCUACUCAAGACAACGGAAACCAAGCGAAACAUCAUCUACCAAAAGGUUAUCAAAACCUAAAACACAUACUCAACACCCAAAUGACCAAAAGAAGCUCGCAUCCAAUCCGGAACGGUUCGUUUCGGACAACACCUCAACUGCAAUAACCCAGGCGUCACCAGAAGAUGAUUCAGAUACUUCGAUAGAAGUUUCGUCUAAUAUCGGAGACGACCUGUUACGUUCUGAUGAUGAUGACAACGAUGAGAGUGAUGAGGAUAGUGAGAACGAAGAUGUUGAUGAUGCAGAGAAUGGCGAACCCUGUGCCCUGAAGCAAAACAAAGAAAACAGCUUCGAAGAUGAAGUUUCCAAUGAGGAAAAUGAUGAUCCUGUACUUCUUGACGCUAAAGAUGAUGAUUCACUACAGUUCACCAAUAAUGAUGACCAGGAUGAGGACUAUUAUGACGAAAAUGAGGAUAGCAGUGACUACGAUGCAAACGAACAGGAGAACGAAGAGCAAAACAACGGAAAUGAUCUGGAUAAUGACUUGAUAGAUGCAGACACUGACGAUAAUGAAGAUUUGUUCGUACAUGAGGAUAAAAACAUUGCAAAUAUUGAAUUAAGGAACAGUAUUUCUGUCAGAAAUCCCCUGGAACCAGCUGAUGACUUAAAUUUGGACAAGGAAUCGAUAGAACACAAUAAUUCAAGGUUACCACAGCUAAAUCACGUAGUAUCCGAUCCGUCCGUGGAAGAGUAUUGCAAUGUAACACGAACCAGCCCAGGCGUACACACCAGUGAUACACCAGCACAAGUUCCAUCGCAUGUAAGCCAAAUCAUCCGCAAACGACCAAUGCAGCAUCCAUUUCAAGCAAACAGGAGUCAACAAACAAAAUAUAUCAAAACCACGGAAGGAAUGAGUGAGGCGAAUGGUUUAGGGAAUGCGCCGCCGCAACAAACUCUUCCCAUCGAAUUUAAUUGCAAAAUUUGCGGAAAAGCGUUUACUACAUCUGAAGACUGGUUACAACACAUCGUUUACAUGCACGCCCCUGACGAACAACUUAGAAAUUCUAGGAACGAUUCGGCAAAAUGUAUAAAACUGACACAAUGCGAUCUGUGUUCAAAAUACUUAAACUCGGAAUAUGGAUGGGUACAGCACAUAUUGAAGAAGCACACGGAAAGGUAUCCACAUCUAUACGAUGAGCUGUCGGCUUCGGACAUUGAAUGAGUAUCACUGCAUCCGUUAUCCUGAUAUAGUACGAAAAAGGGCGACAAUUGUUACGUGCGAAGCUAGUUUUAACGUCAGUAGAGGGUAUACUAUUAUGUUUUAACGCGUGCUUUUGGUAUGAUUGUAUAAAGAUGUUUAAGCUUAGAUGAUCAUUUAAGAUUGAUCGAAUAAGGCGCUUUUUUUAAACAUAUUUUUUUAUGAAUAAUGUAAAUCAGUUAAUAUUCCACAUAGAAAAUGCCAUAUUGAAGAGCUAGAAUUUUAUUAGUUCAGAAAUUAUGGGUCUCCAAACUAAGGUU